UAGUCACCAUAACAAGAUUCAUAUGGCGCAGCAGCUUUUUGAGUAUAGCGGACAAGGAAAAGCCUUCAGCACUGAGGCAGACAAGGGUCAUGGUGGAGAGACUGCGUGUACUUACAGUGAGCGUGGGAAAUCCUGCGAUAAGUCAGCAGCACUCACUUCCCGGAAGAUAAAUGUCGAAUGUUGUGUAUGUGGGAAAGUGUUCUGUAAAAAGUCUAAGCUUACCAAACAUCAGAAAAUACACACAGGAGAGAAACCCUAUAAAUGUGUACAAUGUGAGAAAUCCUUCAUUAAGAAAUCAUAUCUUGCAAAUCAUCAGAGAACACAUACACAGGAGAAACCCUUUGCAUGUACCAAAUGUGAGAAAUCCUUCUGUCAGAAGUCAAACCUGAUUGUUCAUCAGAGAAUCCACACAGGGGAAAAGCCCUAUGAAUGUCAUGAAUGUGGGGAAACCUUCUGCCAAAUGUCAGCCAUUAUUUAUCAUCACAGAAUACACACAGGAGAGAAACCCUAUGAAUGUAUGGAAUGUGGGAAAACCUUCUACCAGAGGGCAGCCCUCAAUGUACAUCAGAGAAUUCACACAGGAGAGAAACCAUAUAGGUGUAAUGAAUGUGGGGAAACCUUUUAUCAGAAGUCAGUCUUCACUGUACAUCAGAGAAUUCACACAGUUGAGAAGCCAUGUGAAUGUCAACAAUGUAGGAAAACUUUCUACCAUAAGUCAGCCCUCACGGUACAUCAGAGAACUCACAUAGGUGAGAAGCCAUAUGAAUGUAAAGAAUGCAGGAAAACUUUAGCUCAGAAGUCAAAACUUACUGUACAUCAGAGAACUCACACAGGAGAAAAACCCUAUGAAUGUAAUGAAUGUGGAAAAACAUUUUGCCUGAAUUCAGUUCUCAUUAUACAUCAGAGAGCUCACACAGGUGAGAAACCAUAUGAAUGUAAUAAAUGUGGAAAAACCUUUAGCCAGAAGUCAAACCUCAGGAUGCAUCAGGGUACUCACACAGGUGAAAAACCCUAUGAGUGUAAUGAAUGUGGGAGAACUUUUAGCCAGAAGUCAAACCUGAGGAUGCAUCAGAGUACUCACACAGGGGAGAAACCCUACGAAUGUAAUGAAUGUGGAAAAUCCUUCUACCAGAGGUCAGUGCUUACCACACAUCAGAGAACUCACACAGGAGAAAAACCUUCCAAGUGUAACGAAUGUGGAAAAACCUUUCGUCAGAGGGCGAACUACAGCAGGCAUCAGAAAACUCACACAGGACAGAAGCUUUAUAAAUGUAAUGGAUGUAGGGAAGCCUUCUUCCAGAAGUCAGCCCUCACUGUACAUGAAAGAAUUCACAUGGGGAAGAAAUCCCAUGAAUGUAAGGAAUGUGGGAAGACGUUCUACCAGAAGUCAUCCCUCAUGAUACAUGAAAGAAUUCACACAGGGGAGAAGCCAUAUGAAUGUAAAGAAUGUGGGAAAAGCUUUUGCCAGAAGUCAACUCUCAAUAGACAUCAGAGAACUCACACAGGUGAGAAACCAUAUGAAUGCAAAGAAUGUAGGAAAGCCUUCUACCAGAAGUCAGCCCUCACUGUACAUUACAGAACUCACUCAGGUGAAGAGGCCUGUUAACAUACUGAAGGUGUGAAAAGCCUUAGUAGCAAAUGAAAUCCUGCAGCAUAUCAGUGGAUACAUACAGGAAAUAAACCCUGUGCAUGUAACCAGUGUGAGAAAUCCUUCAGCCACAAGUCAAGCCUUACUACCCAUCAGAGAAGUCACACAGGGAAAGCCCUGUGGCUGUACGAGUGUUGGAAACACCUUUUGGCAGAAGUCAGACCUCAGGAGGCAUCAAGAAAUUCACACAAGGGAGAAAGCCUAAGAGUGUAAUGAGUGUGGCCGGGUGCGGUGGCUCACGCCUGUAAUCCCAGCACUUUGGGAGGCCGAGGCGGGCGGAUCACGAGGUCAGGAGAUGGAGACCAUCCU